AACAUGUCAAAGGCGCCCGUCAACAUGGCUUUUCCCAUGAACAAAGCUACACGCUCAGCCUGUAGCCUGACGGCCACCCAAAAGAGCCCUGGUGGUUGAUCGCAUCUUAUACAGUAUCUACAAUGUCCUCUCCUGUAGGCAUAAUAAUAUCCGGCCGCCCUGUCAUUACCGAGCCUUCGUCCAUCAUCUCGCCCACGCAAUCGGCAUUUCAGAUUCCCUCACAGCCUUCUUUCUCCCACAUUGUCGUCUUCCUCCUGCCUGGAGUCGCACUUCCAGAUGGCACCGCUGCUGCCGUAUAUGCCCAACUGCCCGGCACAACCGAGUUUAAACUGCUCGGCGCAAUCGCCAACGAAAAGCCCAGUGCCAUCUUCAAAGUGAACACCAAAGCGGGGAGUCUAGGCAGCGAUGACUCCAUGGUUGACGAAGGAGUGUCCAUGGAUGCAGCAAACGGAAGCACUGCGCUGCUGGCCCUUGGAAUAAGCGUUGAGCCUGCGCAACAGGUCACCGCUGCUAUAGAGCAAAACAAAGCGCAAGCUGCUGCGGGGCCGCAACCAACAGGAGCAAUCCAGGGCAAUGAGCUAGUGCUCAGGGGACAGAGGAGUGUCGAGACAAAGGUUCUCGCACAGAGAAUCAUCAAGAACUGCUACGACUUUUUGACGAGCUGGGGUACGGGGGAUACAGUACCGCUCAAGGCUUUCCAGGCGUGGUGGACCAAGUUUGAAGGGAAAAUUGAGAGAGACCCAGGUUUUUUGGAGAGGGGUGACGGAGGUUGAAUCUUUGGAGACACCAAAAGAAUACCACGAACAUGGCUGCACAGCCAAUGAAUGCUAUG